ACACCGAGCUUUAACUUUAUCACGCUUACCCAGCCCAGUGAUCAUGAUGCGUUGUAUGUUUGUGCUGGCGUUGUUUGUUGUUGCUGCCUCUGCCUCCAGCAGCCCUACAGUACACAACAGACCAAAUACCAAUUUACAUGUUUUGUUCACCGCCAUGCUUCGACUGGAACGCACUGUAGCUGUGAUGUCAACAAAACUGAAGGCCUUAGAAUCACGUCAACAGAGGAGUGAAAGGAAGAUUUUAUCAAUGACAUCUAAUCUUCAAGGCAAAGACGCACUGCUCGCCAAAAUUACAAGAGCUCUCGGAACGGACGUGGCGUACAGCGUUUCCCUUCCGUCAGACAUCAACCAAAUUGGAGGAAAGCCUUUGAAAUUUGACACCGUCUCAUAUAACAAGGGGAAUGCUUAUAACAAGGCUACUGGCAUAUUCACGGCCCCCGUUUCUGGCACAUACCUCUUCUGGGCAAAUGUGAUGGUAACAUCUGUCGCCCACAUGAUUCUCCGCAUCUACAGAGGAAGCUCGGUGAUUGCUCGUGGUUAUAUCACUUGGAAGCAAUAUGGCGUAGCAUCCAUCACCACUACCACACACUUGAACCAAGGAGACCAGGUCUGGAUGGAUGCUUAUGACAGCCCAACAGCAACCAUUCCGUUGAAAGGACAGGCAUUUUCAAGUUAUGGAGGAAUGCUCACACACGUCAAUUAAUGAAGCUGGCAUUCCAAUGCCAUUGCAGUGUACACUGAUGCUCAAACAUGAAUAAACAUACCACAUGAA